CCGGAAGUGGACCUCAUAGCCCUCGAGAACUUCCUCCGGACGACGCUGUGGGUAGUGAGGCCUUGUCGGAAAGCUCCUGCCUAGGGUGUCCUCGCUGCUGACCAGCCCUGACCAGUGUCGCCAUGCCUCGGCGCCAGAAAAACAAGGCCCGUGUCCGGGAGAAACGCCACCAGGGCCGCGGUGAGGCUCAGGGUGUCGGGGGUGCUCCUGCUGCUGUAGUGGCAGCAGCAGAGGAGGAGCCCCCCCGCGCUCCCCCGGGCUCCCCAGAGGAGGCGGGUCCAUCUUCACCAUCCGAAGGUGGACCCGCCCCUGGGUCUCCUGGCGCAGGGUCCCCAGGCCUGCCAGGCAGCCAGGGCGCCGAGAACCCGGCCGCGGCCGCGGCCGCGGCUGCGGUCCCGGCCGCCCCUCUGGCCAUUCGCAAAACACCCCUGAUCCGCAAGGCUAGCAUGCUGGUGCAGUUCCUGCUGGAGAAGCACAGCUCCGGGGAGCCCCUGAUGCGCGCGGCGCUGCUGAAGAUCAUCGGCAGGAAAUACCGCGAGCACUUCCCCGAGAUCUUCAGGCUCACCUCCCAGCGCAUGGAGCUGGUCUUCGGCCUGGAGGUCCGGGAGGCCGACGACCGCGGCCAGUCCUACACGCUGGUCAGCAAGCUGGCCCAACCGGGCGAGGGCACCCUGGGCGGCGGCAGCAAGGGGCUGCCCAAGUCCGGCCUCCUGAUGGCGCUCCUGGGCGUGAUCUUCAUGAAGGGCAACCGCGCCAGCGAGGAGGAGGUCUGGGAGUUCCUCAACGUGCUGGGCGUGCAGGAGGGCAAGAGGCACCUGGUCUUCGGUGAGCCGCGCAAGCUCAUCACCCGAGACCUGGUGCGCCAGGGCUACCUGGAGUACCGCCCCGUGCCCUCCAGCGACCCUCUGCGCCACGAGUUCCUGUGGGGCCCGAAGGCCCGCGCGGAGACCAGCAAGAUGCAGGUGCUGCAGGUCCUGGCCAAGAUCAACGACACGGUGCCCAGCUCUUACCCCCAGCUGUACGAGGAGGCUCUGCUAGACGAGGAGGAGCGCGUGGGGGCCAGACCCCAGGCCAGGGGGGCUGCCACGAAGGGGGCCCGUAGCAGGCGCCGCGUCUAG